AUGGAGAACUCCUUUGUGGAAGAAGUGGCUGCAUCACUCGUGAGAGAAUUUCUCAGUAGAAAGGGUUUGAAGAAAACCAUCACCAGCAUGGACCAAGAGCUUCCACGUUCUGAACUUAGCAUCAAUAACAGGAAUGAACUUCGGAAUGUCCUACAUCUGCAUUCCUUGUACAAACACAACAAGGCAAAGGAGAAUCCACUGAAAACACUUCUUGAAAUUAUUACUAACUACUUCCUUGAGCACCGCGGGACAUCCCGAAGCAUCAGUUCAAGUUCUGCUCUGUCAGCUCCUCAAAGUAAGAGUUCAACAUCUCCCCAACCCAACUUACCAGAUGAAGAUCACGUGCAUGGGAGUGCCACUACACUCAAUGGAAGCAGAACUCAAGCCCACAGAUGUGAUGUUGAGAAUUCACUAGAUAAAAUCUUGCCAUCCAGAAAACAUCAGCACAAAAGUGAAAAAUGCCACACAGGGGCAGUACACAACAGUCACUUACUCUCUGACGGGGAUAAGAAGUUAAAAGAUAGUCGAGAAGAUUUAAAAGCAGCAACAAUUUCUGAGGACUUGAAAUCCACAGUGAAGGAGAAGCCAAGGCCCAGGUCUAGUCUCAUUGUCAGAGGAAUGAUGGCUGGACCAGUUGCAAGUUCACCAGAGGAUCUGCAAAAAAGGAGGCUUUCAAAACGAUCCACUAGCGUAAGCAGCGCAGCACAAUUCAAGGCUGAAGAACAUGAAGGAAGUGACCCGAGUGUCCCAAGUACUGAUUUUCAAGAAAGCAAAGCAUCUUCAACACAAGUAAAUAUGGGGUUCACAUCAAAGGCUGUGUCAAGUUUACACACAAGUUCAGCCUUUGAAAAACUAAGAACUGUCCCCAAAGGUACAGAUGACUCUUUUGCCAAACUGCUGACUGAAAGAGAGAGGACCAAGACAGAAGAAAGAAAAUCACUUCCAAGCUUUGGUACAGACAGCAAUGAGAAAAGCCUUAAAGUGAGUGCCCCUCACAGAUAUUCAGGGGCUGGAAGAGAGAAGAGAGAAAGAUCCCUCAAGAAAAAUGAGAGUCGAUUGUCAGGCCAUAGGAAGUCUCCAACAUCCACUUGCUAUAAAGAAGAGCAGAUGAAAGAUGUCCUAGAAUUAGUUGAUGUUGAAGCUGAAGAAACAACUGGAGAAGUUAUUAAGAACUCGGAUCUUUCAACACUCUAUAUGCUCCAAAUAGUAUCAAAGGCAAUUGAUAUUUCUCUUGCAAAAGAGUUAAAAAAUCUUUUGUUUGGCUCCAGUCUUUGUUGCUUCAGUGAAGAAUGGAAAAUACAGAAUUUUACGUUUAAUAACAUACCGCAGUUAAAAUAUGGCAUUGUGCAAAAAAAGGGUGGCCCGUGUGGAGUACUGGCUGCAGUUCAAGCUUGUGUCCUACAACGGCUUAUCUUUGCAGACAGUAAUAGGAAUAAAGACAUUCGUUGUCUUCAGCCUUCAGAAGUUCACAGGACCAAAUGCCUCACCAUGGCAAUUGCAGACAUACUGUGGCGUGCAGGUGGCAAUGAAAAAGCAAUUGUGGCACUGCCAUCAGGAAGACAGCAGUUCAUUCCCAUAGGAAAAUACAAGGCAGAUGGAAUCUUAGAAACUCUAAUACUACAUAGUGCCACAAGAUACGAGGAUCUGGUUGUUUUUCUUCAGCAGAAUAUUCACCAGUUUGAAACUGGUCCCUGUGGGUGCAUCCUUCUGACUGUGUCUGUCAUCUUAUCAAGAUCUAUCAAUCUGUGA